AUGGACCCAGAUCCCGAAAUGACUCGUGUCCUGCCUCCAGGCUUGGGCAUUGUCCAAUCUCUGCCCUUGAAGGACCAUAAGGGCCCGGGUCCGUGGGUGCCCCUGGGUGGCUCUGGGGCCCUCGGGCCCGAGCCCGGGGGAGGGAGGGAGGAAGGGAGGCCCGGAGGCCGGGAGGCCGAGGCUGAGAGGGUCGGGGGCGCUAACGGGCCGGCCCGGCGGGGGGCGGGGGGCUCGGGGCUCUUCCAGGCCAUCGCCUGCUUGAUGGACAUGAACGCGCUGCUGGACAGAUUCCACAACUACAUCCUCCCGCACCUUCGGGGCGAGGACCGCGUCUGUCAUUGCAACUGUGGGAGGCACCACGUCCACUACGUGAUCCCCUACGACGGGGACCAGUCCGUGGUGGACUCCUCCGAGAACUACUUUGUGACGGACAACGUGACCAAGCAGGAGAUCGACCUGAUGCUGGGGCUGCUGCUGGGCUUCUGUAUCAGCUGGUUCCUGGUGUGGAUGGACGGCGUCCUGCACUGCGCCGUGCGGGCCUGGAGGGCCAGCCGCCGCUUCGACAACUCCUGGUCGUGGCUCCCCAAAUUCUGUAGUCUGAAGGACUUCCGGAAACGGCCCCACCGGCCGUACGAGGAGCCCACAGGGAACAUGGUGCACAUCAAACAGAAGCUUUACCACAACGGCCACCCCAGCCCCCGGCACCUCUGA